AUGAACUUGGAACCUCAUCUGUUGAAACUUGAUCUGAACACGAAAAACAGAAGAGGCGUUUACCCUCCAACUGAAAGAUUCAUCACACGACACAAAUUCAUGUCUCAAGCUGAAAGCCGAGUCGUGUUCAUCGGUAAACUGCUCAUAAAUCUAAAAAGGCUCCUUGAGUUUCAAUGUUUUAUGGACAGGUUGUGGCAGUUAUUAGCUCGUGUUGUCGAAUUGUCAAAACAAGAUGAAGAUUUAUUAACAUACAAUUCACUUUACCACCCAUCCACCUGCCUAACAGUGGUGAUUUUUCCACACUUUUCGCCUGUUCAAUGGAGUGGAACAAAAGUUCUUAAGACCUUCGGGGGUAAUCUUGUUAAUCCAUUUACAAUGUAA